AUGAGGCACCGCCCGGGGGGGACACGGCUCCGUCCCGCAGCCGCGCCGCAGCUACCGCUGGCGGGAGCCGGCGGCCCCCGGCCCACCAUGCCCUCCUCCAACACCGGCACCGAGUACUGGAUCGACGGCUCCCGACGGGAGGCGGCCCUGGAGGAGUUCUACGUCGUGGGCCCUGAGCUGGGACGGGGAGCCACCUCAGUGGUGUUCAGCUGCGAGGAGAAGAGCACUGGAGCCCCAUAUGCUGCCAAGAUACUGAAGAAGACAAUCGACAAAAAGAUCGUGAGGACAGAGAUCGGGGUCCUGCUGCGGCUCUCGCACCCCAACAUCAUCAAGCUGAAGGAGAUCUUCGAGACUGCCUCCGAGAUCGCCCUCGUCCUGGAGCUGGUGACAGGAGGAGAGCUCUUCGACAGGAUCGUGGAGAGGGGCUUCUACAGCGAGCGGGACGCGGCCCACGUCGUCAAGCAGAUCCUGGAGGCUGUUUCGUAUCUGCAUGAAAACGGAGUCGUCCACCGGGACCUGAAGCCGGAGAACCUGCUCUACGCAGACCUGUCCCCCGACGCUCCCCUUAAAAUCGGUGACUUCGGGCUCUCCAAGAUCGUGGAUGAACAGGACACCAUGAAAACCGUCUGCGGGACGCCGGGGUACUGCGCCCCCGAAAUCCUCCACGGGUGCCCGUACGGCCCCGAAGUCGACAUGUGGUCCGUGGGCGUCAUCACCUACAUCCUGCUCUGCGGCUUCGAGCCCUUCUUCGACCCCCGCGGGGACCAGUACAUGUACGGCCGCAUCCUCACCUGCGACUACGAGUUUGUGUCCCCGUGGUGGGACGAGGUUUCCCUCAACGCCAAGGACCUGGUGAGAAAAUUGAUCGUCUUGGACCCCCAGAAGAGACUGACUGUCCACCAGGCUCUGGAGCACCCCUGGGUCACUGGGAAGGCUGUGAAGUUUGCUCACAUGGACAGCACGCAGAAGAAACUGCAGGAAUUUAACGCCCGGCGGAAGCUGAAGGCUGCCAUGAAAGCCGUGGUGGCCUCCAGCCGCCUGGGCAACCACGGCCACCACGACUGCUCCCGCAGCGGGCGCAGCCAGCAGGGGGGUCCCCCUGGCACCCGCCUGUCCCAGGGGACAGGGACCACCAGCCCUGAAGCCACCACCACCCCCGAGGAGCUCGAGGCCUUCCGGAGCGACGUCCCCGCUGUGCCCAAGGUGCCCGUGCCCGGUGCCGGCGGCAGGAGCUGAUGUGCUGGGCUGGGCACGGUGCCCACAUCCCACUGACCCUCCCAGCUGGCACGGGGAGAGGGGGGGGCACACCAGAGCCCCCCGGGUGUGGGUGUGCAUGGGGAGCCCGGGGCUGUGGGGUGUGGUGUCCUGUGCUGUCCUUCCCGCUCGCCGUGUGUCCGGGCGGGCCCCGCUGAGCAGCCCAGGCUGGGGACUCUGCCCACAGAUCCAGUCUUGGCCACUGCAGCUGGGAAAGGCCCCACCUGGCUUAAAACCACGGAGCAAACAGCAGAAAAAAGGAUUUCUUUCUCCUUCCCUCCAAAGGCAGUGAGUUGUCGUGGUGACUGAGUUUUGUAAGUUCCUGUUAUUAGUCCUGAGGGGUUUAUUGGCUGAGGGGAGAGGGAUCCCCCUCCGGGUCCCCCUCUGGAUCCCACCAGGAUCAUCACUGGCCACCAAGGUCCCACCUGCAGUCCUGUCCCCUGGGCUGUGUCUGGCAGCGUUUGCAGGAGCCUCUGAACCAGCUGCUUGAUCCUCUCUGGAGAAACAGCAUUUCCCUGUGGCCCUUCCAUGGUCUCUGGAAGGUUGAGGACCUCCACUCUGAGCUUUGGUUCCAGUUUCAUUUGCUCCCACGUUCAGUCCUGCUCUGGAU